AAUACGGUAAUGAAGAAUUAUUCGAGCGAGGCGGAUUGGAACGAGAAGAAUGUCGAAAUUUUUCUAUUGGAGUCCAGAAGAGGCAGCUGAAAAACAAGUAUUACAGAUUGGUGCCUCAGCAUGUGGUGCCACCGGUGUAAUAAAUGUUUUGAGAGUAUUGGAACUUCCAAGCUCAGUAGAGGAGGUGGCGCCGCACAUCAACACGCGACUACGAGCUGAGGAUGCCCCUGUCACCCAGUACCUCCACUCCCGGAGCGUUGCGGGGACCACCCAUGAAGACUUGAUUGAAGGUUUGGAGAAGAGUUCACAAUCCAAAGUCUUUGCCAGAUUCUUCUCGUUUUAUCCCAGGAGAGAUGUGCAUCUUUCUGAUUGGCUCAAAGGCUGGAUGAGGCAAGGAGUUGUUGGUUUGGCUACCCUUAACCUUCAACGAGCGGUGCCACAGGGGUACCAAAUACCUGAUGCAUGGCACCAUCAGAUGAUCUAUGGUGUAGAAGACAACAAGAUUUAUAUGUGCAAUCCUGUAGUAGCGGAGUCUCCUGAUGAUAUCAUGGAACAGCUCUGUAGUGAAUCGGUACUCUUGAUACGUCGUUCAGAUAUCAUGAAGAGAUUCUCAGCAGAUGAAGACAUGCGUAAGGUUGAUGUUAAUCCUGAUACAAGGUGGAGAGAGAUGAAAGUAUCAGAACAAGUUUACAGGAUCAUUGAUGAAGACAUGGCCAUUCCACUACCAAAGACCGCUGCCUAUGAUCUCCUGAGGGACUCUCUCUUCACCAGUCACGUGACCAUCCCUGCUGCAUACAAGUCUGGUAUAACACUGUGUGUAAGACAGGACAAUGUUGAUGCAUAUCAAAAGUUAAAAGAUGCACAGGAGUUACCCAUCUUAGUGUCUGGAAAGAACAAUAUUGAGGAGAAAGAGGGGGUGAUUUCCUCAGGAAUGGCUGACAAAUCAACAUUAGAGGCUGCUAGUUCAUUACCCUAGUGGAAUCAGUGUCAUAUCAUUCUUGUAAUAUGAUUAUCAUCAGUGUGUGUUUUAGUUAAAGUCAUUUCUUGCCAAAAAGUGUGUGAAGUGAUGAUUUACUUUACAGUCAUCUUCAAUUUGCUCUUUGUCAAAAUUCAACAAAUUCUUUGAGGGUAUAUGUUGUCCCAUUUAAAAUAUUGACUCUAUGCAUAAAUGUCAUUGAUUUGGAUGAUCAUAGAUUUCAACAAAGUGAAAGUAAAAAGCAUAGCUUGCAAAUCUAGUGUAGGAAGGUAGGGAAAAACGGGCUUGUUUCUUUUAAAUUACUCUUUGCUUAUUUGGUCAUCAUGUCUGUUUUCCUGUAGAGAUAUAUUUGGGUUUUCUUUUCUAUCCUGCAUGAUGUAAACUACCUGACUUCUCAAGCUUGUGUCCCCGUACCAGUGUUCUACAUGAUCUUGCAAGAAUUUAUGAGACACAAAGACAUGUCAUUAGAUCCAACUAAUUGAUUUGAUGUAUUGUGAUCAGACUAUAUGCAAAGUACAACUAAAAUAUCAGAUUAAAAAAAAUGAAAAUCGUGUAGCCUUAAGCUACUCGUCAAUGUCCACACCAGGAUCACAGCUUUUGCACUUGGGAUAGGCAGAUUUCAUUCUUCUGUGAAUUUUUACUUUCAUUCAUUUCCUUUCCAAGUUCCUGAAGUUCGUAGAAAUCGGCACUCCUCACAAGUCCAGCUGACCUUGCCCCACAUUUCAAGGCACUGCACCUCCAUGUGAACCAUAAUCAUAACAUGUAGGGUAUCAUUUUAAAGAUAAUUAAAUGAUCUAUUCAUUGAUAUUAAUUACACAUUGAUAUUUUCUAAAACCAAUGAGGGAUUAUUGAU